GAUCAGUGCAAGCCAACAUCAAAGUCCAAAAACAGGACCUGAUCACAAACAAACGGAGUACACACACAGAUACUUCACAGAGACAGUGAGAGCUGCAUUUGUCAAGGAUGUGGGUUCUUUCACUCGUAGUGAGCGCCUUUCUCCUAGCCACUCCAGCUUUGGGUGGGGUAAAGGACCUCAGUUCGCACUUCAGCUUUCAUGAGUCAGAAAAAGAUGGUGCCAAAGCUGUGGACCCACGGGGGCUUCCGCAGGGAGGCGAGGACCUGGCCAUAGAAUCUUUCCCUCUGGACUUUCACCGGGAGAACACAGUCACCAAUGACCUGGCCCUGGAGGGCUUGGAGGAGGAGGACUACAUUGACUUUGACAAGAUCCUAGCAGGAGGUGAUGAUGACUAUACUGAAGGUGAUGCCAUUGAUGAGAUCUCCACACCGGCGCCAGGUCUUGAUCUUGUCUCGGAGCCAUCUGACCCCAAAGUGCGCAGGGUACGUCUCUUACGGCUCUUCCAUGGGCGGACACGGCUACAGCGCAUCAAUGUGGUCAAUUCUCACUUUGGGUUUCGCCUGUACCGAAGCAUCCGCAACCACAUGAACCAGACAGAUAACAUCCUGCUGGCACCGGCUGGAAUCUCCAUCGCCAUGGGAAUGAUAGCCUUGGGUGCAGGUCCUUCAACACAUGAGCAGCUCUACCAUGCUCUGGGCUUUGCUGAAUUUGUCAAUGCAAGCAGCCACUAUGAUAACUCGACCGUGCACAAGCUUUUCCGCAAACUUACGCACCGGCUCUUCAGGCGAAACUUCGGCUAUACUCUGCGCUCCGUUAACGACCUUUACGUGAAGAAAAAUGUCAACAUACAGGAUGGCUUCCGCAGCGAGGCAAAGACAUACUACUUUGCUGAGCCUCAAUCGGUGGAUUUUACAGACCCGAAAUUCCUUGUGAAAGCAAACCAGCGGAUUCAGAAGAUCACCAAAGGGCUCAUCAAGGAGCCUCUCAAGAGUGUUGACCCAAACAUGGUGGUAAUGCUCCUAAACUACCUCUACUUUAAAGGGACAUGGGAACAGAAGUUCCCUAAGGAGAUGACCCACUAUCGCAACUUCCGUGUGAAUGAGAAGCACCAGGUCCGUGUGCCCAUGAUGCAGAAUAAGGGCAGUUACCUGGCAGCAGCUGACCAUGAGCUGCAUUGUGACGUUCUACAACUGCCCUACAAAGGCAACAUAAGCAUGCUCAUCGCUGUGCCACAGAAGCUCUCCGGCAUGAGAACCCUUGAGCAGGAGAUAUCACCCACUGUUAUUAACAAGUGGCUCAACAACAUGACCAACAGAACCCGUGAAGUGGUGUUCCCAAAGUUUAAGCUGGAGCAGAGCUAUGACUUGAUCAGCCACAUGAAGAAGUUGGGCCUAAGUGACCUCUUUACAGAAAAGGGUGACUUCUCCCCCAUGACCUCGGAGGAGGUCGCCAUCAACUGGUUUCAGCACCAAGGAACCAUCACAGUGAACGAAGAGGGGACCGAGGCAGCAGCGAUGACCCACAUUGGCUUCAUGCCUCUUUCUACUCAGACACGCUUUAUAGUGGACCGGCCAUUCCUCUUUCUCAUCUAUGAGCACCGCACCGACUGCCUGGUCUUCAUGGGACGAGUUGCAGACCCAUCAAAAAGUUAAUUUUACUCUCGUAUACACUGUUGGGCAGAAAGGUUAUUAUUGACUAGGCAUUGUUAGUGUACAGCAGUAGAAUAAGUCAAUGUUAUUCAGACUUCAGCAAAAAGUGUAGUUAUUGAUAUGGUGCUAGCAGCAUGAUGAUAAAUCAUAUGAAAAGAUGUGACUCAGCUGAAGCUUUAAGUAUGUAACAUUAAGUUUGCCACACAGUAAAAUGUAAAACUUUUGAAACAUUUAAAUCA